AUGAUCCAGUCCAUUGCUCUUCUUGGCCUCGUUGCCACCCCGGCCUUUGCUGGUGUCAUGCAGGUCCGUGGUGAGGCUCACUCCGCUGCUGCCCAGAGCUCUGCUGGUCACGUUGAGGCGUGGGGUAACAGCUGGAGCCGUCCUGCCGACGAGCACGAGUCGUGGACCACUCCCUGCUCCACCAGCACUACUCCCACCCCGGCAAGCACCACCACCACCCCGGCGAGCACCACCACUCCGUGCACCUACUCGACUACUCCCACCCCGGAGUCCAGCUCUACCCCGUGCACCACUCCCACCACUACUCCCAGCUCUACCCCGGAGUCUAGCUCUACCCCGUGCACCACUCCCACCACCACCCCUACCUCGGUCUCUACCCACCACACCAAGCCUCCUCACACUCCUGUGAUCCCUGGCACCACUAAGACCAUCACCAUCGUCACCACCACCUGCCCUGUGACCUCGUCGGUUGUUACCUCUGGUACUUCGACCUUCACUGUCCCUGUCACCGAGACCAGCACCAUCACUCUCACCAAGACCACUGUCUGCACUGCUUGCGAGGAGAAGCCCAUGACCUUCGCCAACGCUACUAUCCCCGCCACUGUUCCCGGCACUGCUCCCGGCACUGCCGUUGUGGUCCCCACUACCUCUGCUGUUGUUGUGCCCGGCUCCUCGGUCGUCCCCGCUGUCUCCACUGCUGAGGCUUCCACCGUCCCCGCUGUGGCUUCUUCCGUCCCCGCUGAGUCUGCCUCCGUCCCUGCUGAGGCUUCCUCCGUGCCCGCUGAGUCUGCCUCUGUUCCCGCUGGCUCUGCCUCCGUCCCCGCUGAGACCCAGGCUGCUUCCACUGCCGCUGUCCCUGCUGAGUCUGCCUCCGUGCCUGCUGGAACCGCUGCUGUGCCCGCUGAGUCUGCCUCCGUCCCUGCUGGAUCCGCCGCUGUCCCCGCUGAGACCCAGGCUGCUUCCACUGCCGCUGUCCCUGCUGAGUCUGCCUCUGUCCCUGCUGGAUCUGCCGCUGCCGAGACUCCCGCUGCCACUGCUGUCUCCGUGCCCUCCGGAUCUGCCUCCGUGCCCACCACUGAGCAGACCAGCGCCCCCGGCACCUUCACUGGUGCCGCCUCCAGCAUCAAGCCCGCUGCCGGUCUCUUGGCUGGUGUUGUCGGUCUCUUCGCUCUGCUGUAA